AGAAGAUGGGCUGUUUGCUGCCCUGCAGAGAUCCGGUGAGUUUGCAGACCUUUUCAAGCUCAGCCGGAGGGGCCUGGCUCCUUGUCUUACAAUUAGGAUGAUGUCAGGAAUCUAUCGGGGAUGGAGGACUUGACAGGCUCCUAGGGGUCUAAAAGUAGAGAGAGGAACAGAAGAACGAAUUUUCUUCAGGUGAUUUUCACUGGCUGAUUUCUUCCAUACUGGCACAUUACCUGAAUGCAGUUAUGUUAUACAAUGGAGAGGCCAGCCUUGGAAAUUAACCUGCCCGAUACUCAUGAAGAAGGAAAACUUUAUGUAGUUGAUUCCUUAAACAACCUAAACAAACUAAACGUUUGUCCAGAGGGAUCCCAAGAUGUGCUAGAUGAGGAAGAGAACACUGGUGGUACUGGAGAAAACACGUCAGGAAGCAACAUAAGAAACCAGUGUUUGUUCUUCGUCACCUUUAUUCUUACUUUGAUCAUCAGUUUGGCACUUGUUUCAUUCGUAAUAUUCUUAAUAAUUCAAACUAGAAACAAGAUGGACCAAAUAUCAAGCAGACUGAUAGCUGAAAAGAAGAACAUAGAAGAGCUUAAGAAAAUGAACAAUAUGAUAUUAAAGCAUCUAAAUCAAUCAGGAAUUAAGGAAAAGGGGAGAUACCUCUUCACACAGUCUCCUGAUCUUCAUGAUUACCGCUUUACCCAUGAUGAGCUGGAAGUCCCUGGAGAAUAGACCUUUGGAAUGAAAUUCAGCGUAUUCAUGUACUCAGAUAUUUUAACAUAUGGCACACAGGCUACUUAAACAUUCUGAUAUGGUCACAGGGGCACUGAAAAAGACAGCUGAAUGAAAAAUAUUAGAAAAUAAUAUUUUAUCCUGUUUUAUGUGAAUAUAGAUUUUGAAAACUAAGACCAUAUGAUUUACAAUAAAUAAUGGAUUGUCAACAAUUUUGAGCAAGAGUUCCAGAUUCUCUGUGCACUGCAAAUUGCAGGGCUAAGGGCUUAGUUUUAAUUUAAAUGUAAGUGAAUGAUCACAGAAAAUAGUGAUUUCUAUUCACAUGAUUCCAGCAUGACCUUGUUCACUUAGUCAUUCUCCUGUUUCUUUGGAACAAGUUCUGUGUUUGCUUCUAUAUUAUUUGUAUUUAAGGAUAACUUCAGGUUCCAUAACUUAUAAAUACAUCCAAUUCUGCUACAGAAUUUGGUGAUUUUCCUUUCCGUGCAUCUAAAUAGCUUGACUUACUACUCCUUUUGUGAAAAAACAAACUUGAAUAAAAACAAAC